AUGGACGAAGAAAUUAUCAAUCUCCGAAAUGUAGUCGAAUAUUUAGAGCGUAUCUUAGGCGAUUUAGAACUAUUCGAUGACGCCCAAAGAUUUGUGAAUGAGCCGGAAAGUUUGUAUGAGAUCGCAAAGAAGACAAGAAAAGCAUUGAAAGAGACGGAACAAAAUCUGGAAAUCGCGAUAAAAUCGAAGAAAAUCAUCGAAAAUCGCCGUAAAAAUAGUCAGAAUUUCAAAACGAAGCUUGCGGAAGCGAGAGCUAUAAUCGCCUGUGCACGGAAACUACUCACUGUGACAAAACAAUUGAUGAAAAAUAUCCAACGCAUUGCAGACGUUCUCGAGAUUGAUAUUGAGGACACGUGGCGUCGAAGCGUCCUCCGCCAGUUCCAUCAAACCCUUGAUUGGUUCAACGCACCGCCCGAUUUCGAACCAGUUCCAGAGAAUUCCAUUUGGUUUUUCAACAUCUUAUUGGUUAUUCUCGUAUUCUAUGUGUACUUUACUAUUUGA